GGGACGAGUUUGCUUGGGACAUUCAUGCAAAUAAGGGUUAUAGUACCACACAAGACGCCUCAAGAUACACAGAGAUAGGCGAGGAGGAUGGCGAAACAAGGUGUUGCUUGCAUGCAUGCAGUGGCGCUGGUCCUUGUUGCCCUCGCAUCAUUUCCAGCAGUGCACUCCAUCGGCGUCUGCAACGGCGUGAUCGGCAACAACCUGCCGGCGCCGAGCGACGUCGUGAAGCUCUACCAAUCCAAUCGCAUCAACGCCAUGCGGAUCUACGCGCCAGAGAGCAACGUCCUCAAGGCGCUGAGCGGCACGGGCAUCAGCCUCCUCAUGGACGUCGGCAACGGCGCGCUAACCAGCCUCGCCAACGACCCCUCCGCCGCUCCCGCCUGGGUCAAGGCCAACGUGCAGCCCUUCCCUGGCGUCUCCUUCCGCUACAUCGCCGUCGGCAACGAGGUCACAGAUAGCGCCGGCCAGAAGAUCAUCCUCCCGGCCAUGAAGAACAUCCAAGCGGCGCUCGUGGCGGCCGGCCUAAGCGGCAGCAUCAAGGUGUCGACUUCGGUGCGGUUCGACGUGGUCGAAAACACUUCCCCGCCCUCCAACGGUGUGUUCGCGGACACAUCAUUCAUGGGGCCUAUCCUGGACUUCCUGGCGAGCACCGGCGCACCGCUGCUGGUCAACGUGUACCCCUACUUCGCCUACAAGGGCGACCAGCAGAACAUCAAGCUCGACUUCGCCACCUUCGUGCCAGGCAGCACAACCGUGACCGACAACGGGCUGUCGUACACCAACCUGUUCGACGGCAUGGUCGACUCCAUCUACGCCGCGCUGGAGAAAGCCGGCAAGCCCGACGUUAAGGUGGUCAUAUCCGAGAGCGGGUGGCCGUCGGCCGGUGGGGUCGGAGCGACGGCGCAGAACGCGCGGGCGUACAACCAGGGAUUGAUCAACCACGUCCGUGGGGGCACGCCGAAGAAGCCCAGCUUGCUGGAGACGUACAUUUUCGCCAUGUUCAACGAGAACCAGAAGACAGGGGAUCCGACGGAGAACAACUUUGGGCUUUUCAAUCCGGACAAGUCGCCGGCCUACUCCAUUACUUUCUGAGUCCGACAGACGCCAGCUGGAAAUUUCCUAGCAUAUUCGAAUAAGCUGCAUAUAUGUUAAAUGCAAAACGCAUGCAUUUCAAUCAACCACUCGUCCGUGUGCAAGUUAUUUUAUAUUUUUUCUUAAAUCUUGAAUAAAACAAGUCACGAAAUUGAAAA